AUGACAAGGCCUUUCGGGAACAGCGAUAAACGAUUUUCUAUCGAUGAUGCUUUCGAAGAAGAAACCGAUGAAGCUAUAAAAGUGUACGGCGCAACGGGCGAUAGGUCUCCCUUGCAGAAUAAAUUUAAGAAUGGAGGUGACUACCUAUCCAGUAAAACCUACAAAUGUACGGAAGAUACGACGUCCAGGGAUUCGGACUCCCUCAUCCACGAGUACGUGGAAGCGACCCAGUCUCUCUACUGCUGGAACCAUCCUAAAGUGAGAGAGAAUUGGAAGACGGUCUGCGCAGCGGUCAUACUCCUCGUAGUCGGUGUUGGAUUACUUGGUAUGGGAACUUUCGCGGUUGCAGAACCUGAGAAUGGAUUACAGGGUGCAGUUUUCUUUGUAGCUGGUAUGAUUUGCUUUGUCCCGGGAGCCUAUCACGUAGUCUACAUAUGGCUUGCCGCCAGGGGACAGAGGGGUUACGAUUUCUACCACCUACCACUAUUCACUUGA